UGAUCGCGGAAGAAUACAAUCCGAGGGGACCGAUUACUGCUUCGACGAACCAUAGAUUAUUACUACUCAUAUUUUUCUUGCUGUUAAUCUCAGCUCCUCUAUCUCCAUCUAAAUAUUCUCGCCUCCUUUUAAGCGGCGAGACUGCUACAAGCCCUCAACGAACGCACAAGACCCAGACAUUUCUCACUUGAUUUUAGGGCUGACACUUUCCGGUGAAGACCGCAUCGGCCGUCGCGCUACAUGGACGGCUCGGCCGCCCCGACGAUGUCCCCGCCUCCAGGUACCCCCAGGCUCCCCUGAUCCGCAGGUUGGGUGGGGGCGAUGGCGCACCGGAGCUUGAGCAGGGUGAUGAGUUUCGGGAUAUCGGACUCGGCGUUGGAGUUCGUGCUGGGGUACGUGGAUGAUCCCCGGGACCGGGAGGCCGUCUCGCUCGUGUGCAAGAAGUGGUACCAGAUCGACGCCCUCUCGCGGAAGCACGUCACCAUCGCCAUCUGCUACUCCACUAGCCCUGACCGGCUGCGGCGGAGAUUCCCCAACCUCGAGUCCCUCAAGCUCAAGGGCAAGCCCCGUGCCGCCAUGUUCAACCUCAUACCCGAGGACUGGGGCGGCUACGCGGGCCCCUGGGUCAGGGAGAUCGCCGAGGCUUUCAAAUGCCUCAAGUCGCUGCACUUCCGGCGGAUGAUCGUCAAGGACGAGGAUAUCACCGUGCUGGUCAAGGCCAGAGGUCAUAUGCUCGAGUCGCUCAAGCUCGACAAGUGCUCUGGGUUUUCCACAGAUGCCCUCCUCCUCGUUGCGCGUUCCUGCAGAUGUCUUAGAACACUGCUUUUGGAAGAAAGCUCAAUUACUGAGAAUAAUGACAAAUGGAUUCAUGAACUUGCUGUUAAUAAUUCUGUGCUCGAGACUUUGAAUUUUUAUAUGACCGAACUUAGAGUUACACCACAGGAUCUCGAGCUACUUGCUAAGAACUGCAGGUGCUUGGUUUCCUUAAAGAUCAGUGAAUGUGACAUCUAUGAUUUAGUUGGUUUUUUCCACUUUGCAACGGCAUUGGAAGAGUUUGGUGGGGGCUCAUUCAAUGAUCAACUCGGAGAGGUCAAUACGUAUAAGAAGAUCCAGUUUCCUCCCAGGCUGUGCUGCGUAGGUCUCAUCUAUAUGGGGAAGAAUGAAAUGAGCAUAUUAUUUCCAUUUGCUGCAGCACUUAAGAAACUGGACUUGCAGUAUACAUUGCUCAGCACCGAGGAUCAUUGCCAGCUGAUCCAACGUUGUCCAAAUCUAGAAGUUCUCGAGGUGAGGGACGUGAUUGGAGAUAGAGGAUUGGAGGUGGUUGCUCAAACAUGUAAGAAACUCCGAAGGCUCAGAAUAGAGCGAGGGGACGACGAACAAGGUCUAGAGGAUGAACAGGCUCGGGUUUCCCAAGUCGGUCUAUCGACUCUAGCUCAGGGAUGCCUUGAAUUGGAAUACCUGGCGGUAUAUGUCUCUGACAUCACAAAUGCAGCUCUAGAAUGUCUUGGCACUUUCAGCAAAAACCUUUGUGAUUUUCGUUUAGUUUUACUGGACAGAGAAGAGAGGAUAACAGACUUGCCCCUUGACAAUGGUGUCCGUGCUCUGCUGAGAGGUUGCACCAAGCUUAGGAGAUUUGCUCUUUAUCUGAGACCUGGAGGUCUCUCAGAUGUUGGUCUUGGUUACAUUGGCGAGUUAAGUAGCAAUGUUCGGUGGAUACUGAUGGGUAAUGUAGGGGAAUCUGACCGUGGAAUGAUGCUGUUUUCACAAGGAUGCCCACAGCUACAAAAGCUGGAACUGAGGAGCUGUUGUUUCAGCGAGCGUGCUUUAGCCAUGGCAGCUUUGCAGCUACCUUCUUUGAGAUACUUGUGGGUGCAGGGAUACGUUGCAUCUCCUACCGGGAGAGACCUUUUGGUCAUGGCCCGUGAUUUCUGGAACAUAGAAUUUAUACCGCCGAAAGGGACCGAAGUCAGGACAGGAAACAUAGAGAGUCAGGCUCAAAUUCUUGCUUACUACUCCCUUGCUGGAAAACGAACAGACUGCUCAGAGUCAGUAAUUCCUUUAUAUCCAGCCUGAAAUCUACAUGUGCUGCCUUUUGUUUAACUUUGCUGUUUCUUUUUGUCCUACUAUAUCGCCUACUACGGUGGUGGAUGUGGUUCUGGCGAUGAACAUGUCUAUAUGUGUUGUCUGUAUCAGUUUGAUAUUUCGAGCAGCCGGUACUCUAAUAAGCUGUCUUCUCCUUUGUAAGCCGAUAAAUGAAAGUACUUUUGUGACUUUGAUGCCU